ACAACUCCCAGAAUUCCAAGCGCCAAUACGCUUGCGCAGUGUGGUCCGGCAGCGGCGGCGCUUGAACCCGCCAGCUUUAUUGGUAGGGAAGGCGGCGGCAACGUUGCUAUGGCGGAACUUGUGCAGGCCUCGCAGUCCCGUACUAGCUUGCAGGCUCCGGCUGCUGGGCACACUGCUACCGGGACGGGCGGAGGGAGCAGCUCCAGCACUAGCGACCCGGCCAGGCCCGGCCUCAGCCAGCAGCAGCGAGCCAGUCAGAGGAAGGCACAAGUCCGCGCCCUCCCUAGGGCCAAGAAGCUGGAAAAGCUCGGUGUAUUCUCCGCUUGUAAGGCAAAUGACUUAUGUAAGUGCAAUGGAUGGAAGAACCCCAACCCACAGACUGCACCAAGAAUGGACCUGCAACAGCCUGCAGCCAGUCUCACCGAGCCAUGCCGCAGCUGCGGACAUGCUUUGGCCAACCAUGUGUCUCACCUGGAGAACGUUUCUGAAGAUGAAAUCAACCGGCUGCUGGGUAUGGUGGUGGACGUAGAAAAUCUCUUCAUGUCCGUUCACAAAGAGGAAGACACAGACACCAAGCAAGUUUACUUUUACUUGUUUAAGCUGCUAAGGAAGUGUAUCCUUCAGAUGAUCCGGCCAGUGGUAGAGGGAUCUUUGGGAAGCCCACCAUUUGAAAAGCCAAAUAUAGAACAGGGCGUCCUGAAUUUUGUCCAGUACAAGUUCAGCCAUCUGCAGCCUAAGGAACGUCAAACUAUGUAUGAGCUGUCCAAAAUGUUCCUCCUGUGCUUAAAUUACUGGAAGCUUGAAACUCCUUCACAGUUCCGUCAGAGAUCACAGAAUGAGGAUGUAGCGACAUACAAGGUUAAUUAUACCAGGUGGCUCUGUUACUGCCACGUACCACAGAGCUGUGACAGCCUGCCACGCUAUGAAACUACACAUGUGUUUGGGAGGAGUCUGCUCCGUUCCAUCUUCACUGUUACCCGGAGACAACUGCUGGAGAAGUUCAGGGUGGAGAAGGACAAGCUUGUUCCCGAGAAGCGGACUCUUAUCCUUACACACUUCCCAAAGUUCCUCUCCAUGCUGGAAGAAGAAAUCUAUGGUGAAAACUCACCCAUCUGGGAGGCAGAUUUUACUGUUCCAACCACAGAAGGUGCCCAACUAGUGUCUCGUCCAGCUGCUGUCAACACUACUUCAGUCCCCUCUACUCCUCUCUUCAACAACAAUCUAAACAACAGUUCUUCUCUCUCGUCCAGUGGGGACACUAGCAGUUCAGAACCAAUGCCAGGUGAGAAAAGGAAAUUAUCUGACAGCCUGACCUUAGAGGAUGCCAAAAGAAUACGAGUGAUGGGAGACAUACCCAUGGAGCUUGUCAAUGAGGUCAUGCUCACCAUAACAGAUCCUGCAGCCAUGCUGGGCCCUGAUACGAGCUUGCUUUCAGCCAACGCAGCACGAGAUGAGACUGCUCGCUUGGAAGAAAGAAGAGGGAUAAUAGAGUUUCAUGUAAUCGGAAACUCUCUGUCUCAAAAGUCAAACAAAAAGAUCCUUAUGUGGCUUGUGGGUCUGCAAAAUGUGUUCUCUCAUCAGCUUCCACGGAUGCCAAAGGAGUACAUAACCCGGCUUGUCUUUGACCCAAAACACAAAACCUUGGCUCUAAUUAAAGAUGGCCGUGUAAUUGGGGGCAUCUGUUUCCGAAUGUUCCCCACUCAAGGAUUCACUGAGAUUGUGUUCUGUGCAGUGACUUCCAAUGAACAAGUAAAGGGUUAUGGCACUCACCUAAUGAACCAUUUGAAGGAAUAUCAUAUCAAGCACAACAUUCUGUACUUCCUGACGUACGCGGAUGAAUAUGCCAUCGGGUAUUUUAAGAAACAGGGAUUUUCCAAGGACAUCAAAGUUCCAAAAAGUCGUUACUUGGGGUACAUCAAGGAUUACGAGGGAGCCACUUUAAUGGAGUGUGAACUGAACCCCAGAAUACCUUAUACAGAACUCUCCCACAUAAUCAAAAAGCAAAAGGAGAUAAUAAAGAAGCUUAUUGAACGCAGGCACGCUCAGAUCCGCAAAGUCUAUCCUGGCCUUACGUGUUUUAAAGAAGGCCUCCGACAGAUCCCAGUGGAGUGCAUUCCCGGAAUACGAGAGACCGGCUGGAAACCAGCAUGUAAAGACAAAGGGAAAGAGAUUAAAGACCCAGACCAGCUGUAUAACAUCCUGAAGAACCUUCUAGCACAAAUCAAAACUCACCCAAGCGCUUGGCCAUUCAUGGAGCCCGUGAAAAAGUCCGAGGCACCGGAUUACUACGAAGUGAUCCGAUUCCCAAUAGAUUUGAAGACCAUGACAGAGAGGCUGAAAAACCGCUACUACGUAACCAAGAAGAUAUUCAUCGCUGACCUGCAGAGGAUCAUUACCAACUGCCGAGAGUAUAACCCCCCAGACAGCGAUUACUGCAAGUGUGCCAACACGCUGGAGAAAUUCUUCUACUUCAAGCUCAAAGAAGCCGGGCUGAUCGACAAAUGAGUGUCUAUCCCCCCCCAUCCGUGGUUGGACAUACAUUGCAGUAUUUAAUUCACAGCAUUGGACUUGGCCUUGCUCAGAGGCUCUGAUUUCCCUACGGCGCCAUGCAGGGUGCCCGAGGGGCCCAAUGAGAACUGCCCAAUUGGGGGAACCGUAUUCACUCUCAUUGGGUCGUCGCAGGCCAGAAUGACAGGGGCUGAGGCAAGCUCGUGUGUUUACAGAUAUUCCACCUACCAAACUUAUAUACAUGAACAGCUCUCGUCAACACGUUUAUUGGAUUGGAGAAUCACUUUUUGUUGUCAGUAUAGAUGUCGUUUGGUGAGCAGCCAUCAGAUUCUGCUAUUAAAGUGUCCAUGCCUUAUAAACUCCCAGGCUCAGCAAGCU